AGCAUUAAUGGCAAAAAUUUUCAACUCCGAACAGCUUUGUCUUGCACGGGGGGGUGUUAGAAUACCCGUAAAGUAGCUCCGCGGUUCAACUCACACUGGGAAGUCCUUCCUUCCUGGAUCCCUUCUAUCUCCCAUUGAAUUGUGCUACGUAUUAGUUUGUUGGUCUCAACUUAAUAAUUGGAUAUUAAAUAUAUUCUUUUCCAAUCCAACUGCUUUUGUCUGUGCGAGAAAGUAGAGAAGUCGAAAGGAUUAAAAAGCGAGUUAAAAAGUAGUCAUGAAACCAUGCUAUGUGGACAUUAGUAGCUAAGACCAGGCAAACACGGCUCUUGCUGUUGUUACUUAGAAAAAGCAAACAAAAAAAAGAAAAGGACAAAGGAUGAAACCUAUAAUAACGAUAAAAAAUAGUAAAAUAAGUAAAAUAAGUAAAAUAAUAAGCUGGUCUUCCUUCCCGUUCCUCCCUAUCUCAGAACAAACCGCGUUUUUCCACGAUCUCAAUUCCAAACCCAUCUCAAUUUGAUUUGAAGAGUUCUAAUAGGAAGCAGGCUAAUAUAAAACGCCUCCUUCCUUUGUUCAUCGAUCCUCUCUUCCUUUUUGUCGAGAAAACCAAACAAAUCGCCGAUCUCCCUCCAUUCCCUUUCUCUUCUUCCCUUCUCCUCUCUUCUCUAGAGUCCUUUUAACCUUGCUAUAACUGUUUAGCUAUUAGUUUCAUGAAGGAGAGGCUGUAGAAAUGGCUUCUCCCAAUAGUAGAGUUCCCAUCUUCUUGGCUCUCCUCUUGUGCUGUCUUCUCCAUCCCUGUCCCUCCUCAGCUUCUCUCUUCAGCUGGAGCAGCUCCAAUAAUUCUCUGCUCCCCGGCAUCGAAUUGCCGAGCCACCUCAGCUUCAACGCGGUCACCUCAUCGGAUGGAUCCCGCUGCAAUCACAACCUCGACCCCGCCAGCCCCUCUGGCGAAUACCGCCACGGCGACUCCAUCGACGGCGACAAUGAAGACGACGACGAGCCUCGGAAGGAGAGGGCCGCGCCGGCCUCAUCGACCUUGAAGCUCCACCUCAGGCACCGAUCGGCUAAGGACCCCGGUGCCGCCGAGUGGACUCAAAAAGAAUCUCUCCUGAACUCCUCCCAUAGAGACCUUUCAAGAAUCCGCACGCUUUUCAGGAGGAUUGUGGAGAAGAAGAACCAGAACACCAGCUCCCGCCUGGGGACGACCGCCGGCAAGACCGGUCACCGCUCGAUCACCUCCGAAUUGGAAGAAAAAAUGGCAGCCUCGGCGCCGCCGGAGCUCGCGGGGCGGCUGAUGGCCACCCUGGAAUCCGGCGUCGCUCUCGGCUCCGGCGAGUACUUCAUGGACGUGUUCGUCGGCACGCCGCCGCGGCACUACUCCUUGAUCCUAGACACCGGCAGCGACCUGAACUGGAUCCAAUGCCUGCCGUGCCGCGACUGCUUCGAGCAGCACGGCCCCGUCUACGACCCCGCCGCCUCCUCCACCUACCGCAACGUGAGCUGCGCCGACCACCGCUGCGGCCUCGUCUCGCACCCGUGGCCCUGCCGCUCCGGCGACCAGGCCUGCCCCUACUACUACUGGUACGGCGACCGUUCUAACACCACCGGCGACCUCGCCCUCGAGACCUUCACCAUCAACCUCACCUCCGCCGACGGCGCCGGCGCCGAGUUCCGCCGCGUCGACGGCGUCAUGUUCGGGUGCGGCCACUGGAACCGGGGCCUCUUCCACGGCGCCGCGGGCCUCCUCGGCCUCGGCCGCGGGCCCCUCUCCUUCUCCUCCCAGCUCCGCUCCCUCUAUGGCCACACCUUCUCCUACUGCCUCGUCGACCGGAACAGCGACCUCACCGUCUCCAGCAAGCUCAUCUUCGGCGAGGACCGCAACCUUCUCAGCCACCCCGAUCUCAACUACACCUCCUUCGUCGACACUCCGGGUAAAGAGGACAGCCCGGCCGACACCUUCUACUACGUCCAGGUAAAGGAGAUUCUCGUCGGUGGGGAGGCGCUGCAUAUCCCUCCACAGACGUGGGAAUUCUCGCCGGAGGGGGCCGGUGGGACCAUCGUCGACUCCGGCACGACGCUGAGCUACUUCGCCGACCCGGCCUACCGAGUGAUCAAAGAGGCCUUCGUCGGCAAGGUGAAGAAGUAUCCGGUGGUGGAGGACUUCCCGAUAUUGAGUCCUUGCUACAAUGUGUCCGGCGUCGAGAAGGUGGAGAUGCCGGGGUUCGCGAUCCGGUUCGCCGACGGGGCGGUGUGGAACUUCCCGGUGGAGAAUUACUUCAUCCGGGUGGACCCGGAUGAGGUCGUCUGCCUCGCCAUCCUCGGCACGCCGCGGUCGUCGCUGUCGAUACUGGGCAAUUAUCUGCAGCAGAACUUCCAUAUCAUGUAUGACAUGAAGAAGUCCCGGCUGGGAUUUGCGCCGAUGAGGUGCGCUCAAGUGUAGCAAUUCUCUGCUCCAUUAGAUUGGAGGGAAGGAUUUGCGCCGAUGAGCUGUGCUCGAGUGUCGCAAUUCUCGGCACUAUUAGAUUGCAGGGAAUCAAUUGAACAGUCCUCAUUUUGAUGUGAGUGGGAAAAUGAUCCAUCCAUACUGGUUUUCUACAGGUAGAUAGAUGCAAAGGAUAAUUAGACUGCAAGAAUUUUGGGUUUCUGAGGAGGUAAUGGGAGUUUUGUUACCUCUCAAAGAAGAGGUAAAGAAAAAGCUAAACAGUGUGUCAUAUCCAUUUUUUUUCUUCCCUUUCUCCUCACUUUUUUUUUUUUUUUUUUUGAUUUUGGUGUGCUCUUGUAAUGGUAGAUUAUUAUAAGAUGCUGAAAUACUUGUUGCACAGAAACAAUUUCAGUUUGGUUUAUGGGAAUUGAUGCUUGCAAUUCCCUUUUGAUAAAUGUAAGAAAGAAAAUUCAAGGCUUUUUUUUUUUCC